CUCGCAACGGUCCUUCAGCCUCAGCUUCCCAAGUGCUGGGAUUACAGGCAUGCACCACCACGCCCGGCUCCAUUACUAUAUUGAAUUACUUUAUAAAGAGGUUUAUUUAGCUGACAGUCCUGGAAGUCCAAGAGCAUGGCAUAAGACUUCCUGGUGAGGUCACUGUGGAUGGCAUCACAACAGGAUCCCUCUAGCUACUAGAAGGGACAGUCACUUGGCAAGAGGAAGCAAGAGAAUGACAGAAAGGAGCAAUAUUUUCCUCCUGCUAGGCCCCACCUGUUAAAGAUUCCAAGACUGAUAUACUGAGGACAGAGCCUUCCAGCACAUGAACCCUGGGAGCAAACCACAUCUAAAUCAAAGCAAUCAGUAAACCAAAAAGCCCAACCCAGAAAAGUUCAGGGCCAAAUAGCUUCAGUGGGGGGCUGGGGAUAUAGCUCAGUGGCACAAGUGCCUGCCUGGCAAGUGUAAGGUCCUGAGUUCAAUUCCCGGUACCAAAUAAACAAAUAGCUUCAGUGUCAUCUGGAGAAUUCCACCAAAUGUUCAAAGAACACCCAUCUUUAAAACUCUUCCAAAAGUUAAAGAGGAAGAAGGCACAUAUUCUACCAGUAUUCCUUAUGAACAUGGUCAUAAAAUUCCUCAAUAAAAUACUAGCAAACUGAAUCCAGCAACAUAAAAAAGAUUAUACACUAUGACCAAGUAGAAUUUAUACCAGGAAUGUAAGGUUGGUUAUACAUGAAAAUUAAUCACUACAACACAUGAUCAUCUCAAUAGACAAAAGCAAAAUACUCGAUAAAAUUCAGUACCUUUCAGUUUUUCAAAAUACUUAAAAAUAAAAGUAAACUUUAACUUGAUACAGAAUAUUUGCAAAAACAAACAAAUCGUAUUUAGUUCGUAUUUGGUGAAAAUCUUCCUCAUAAAAUCAGAAAGAGAUAAGGAUGUCCACUCCCACCACCUGCAUUCAACAUCAUACUUGGAGGACCUAGCCAAGCAGUUAAGCAAAAAAAAGAAAUAAAAAGUAAAACAAGUUGGAAAAGGAGAGCUUGUUUGUUUUUAGUUAACGUUUACUCUUGGACAUGAAUGCUCUAAGAGGUGUCUUUAGAGCACCCACUGGUGUCCUAGACAGUCAUUUUGCUCUCUUUCUGUAGCAGCAACCCAUCUCCUUGGUAAUCAGUCACCCCAGUCAAUAAAGUUCCCCCUGACAUGAAGAGAUCAGUAGCAGUGAUGACAGAGCUCAGUUGCUUAAGGAACUGACAAAGCUAAUAUCUGUUACAGGAAAAUGAUACAAUGUAGUAGUGACCUUUUUUUUUUUAACCAAGAAUCAACUCAGAAUCUUGCACUUGCCAGGCAGGUCCUAUGCCACUGAGCUAUAUCCCCAGCCCUUAGUAGCAGUAUUGAAUAAGGAUAUGCUUCAUACCAGGAGGUCUGGGAAGGACAGUUGUGAGUUCAAAGUGUCCUUCCUAUGUCAGGACGUCUGGUAGGCAGAAUGAUGGUCCCCCAGAGGUGCUUAUUCAGGUAUUAUAAUACCUGAAACCUGUGAAUACAUUAGUUUACAUGGCAAAAAGGAAUUUGCAAGUGUAUUUGGUAAAGAUCUUAAGAAGGACGGAUUAUCUAGUGGACUCACUAUAGUCAAAAAGGUCCUGGAAGCGGUUUGGAAGUAUACUAUCCUCAUUUUGAAGUAUGAAAAAGGACCAUAAGCCAAGGAAUACACACAUCCUUUAAAAGUUAAAAAAGGUGGGCUGGGGAUAUAGCUCAGUGGCACAAGCGCCUGCCUGGCAAGCACAAGGUCCUGAGUUUGAUCCCCAGUACUGAGGAAAAAAAAAAAACCUAAAAAAGGCAAGAGCACAGAUUCUUCACUUCAACUCCCAGAGGAACCAGCCUUGCUGGCACCUUGAUCUCAGCCCAUAAGACUGAUUUUGGACUUUUGACCUCUGGAAUGUAAGAUAAGAAACACAUGUUGUUUUAAUCCCCUAAUUUUGUGGUGAAGCGUUACCCGUUUUGUGGUCAGUGUUUCCUAGAGAAACAUGUAACACAAGAUAUGCAAAUAUAUAAGAAUUUACAAGAUUGGCUUACAGUGGCCACCCACAGAUUCGGAUGAGGAUAAGUACAGAGGGUGUCUGCACACAAGACCAAAUGAUUCAGUCAGAUGUCUGGAGCUCGCUGCAGUGUCCCGUGCAAAUCCAUAUCAGGAGGCCAGUGAGUCUGCAGUGGAGGCUGAAGGAUCUGUACUGGAGGCCAAAGAGUCUGUCCUGGCAGCCAGGAGAUGAUGUCCAAGGUAAAGGCAAAGACAGGAGCUGCCCCCAAGAAACAGAAGCAGAUCUGUGCCUCUUUUCCCCUUUGUACCUUCCAGGUGACAAACCGCCCUCGGGUGGGUCUGAGCCGAUUUAGUUAAGCCUCUUUUACUCCAAUUGACACAAUCAACUAUCUUAGUUACAUCAGCAAUAGGAAACAAAGACAGGGCCACUCAAAUCAGGAAUCACCAACAGAGGCAUGGGAUCUUUCAAAAAUGGGGAGGUCAAAAUGGAGACUCACCUGGCGUUUCUUACACUCUUCAGGUCACAUGGGCAUAUUCUUGCCAUAUAAACAGCCCCAAUGGCCAGUUUUUAAUGACCCCAGAAGGAAAGAGGACAGAUGGAUGAAGGACUCCCAAGUAUAAAUUCUUCAUCUCACUUUUAUAGUAAACAGUAUUGACAAACUGUGCAAGCCACCCUGGAACUUCUCGUUCACACGAUUCCAAAGGAAGGCUGUUAAUGAGGACGUACUAUUCUGUGAGGAGUGGUACUGUGCAAACAGCUAAGGCCAGUUUCGAGUCCACUGGAAGCCCAGCUCGAAGUGGCCAGACUCAAUCUCAAUUUCCAGUUGAGUAAAAGCUCUGAAUGCCCCUAGUGGAAGCAUUCCUUCCUUGGAAAACAGACUUCCAAGACUUCCUUGGAAAACAAACUGAUAAGAGCUCACAGUUGUAGCAGUGGAAAGCAGAAUUUCUAUGCUUUAUCAGGUGUGACAGUAAGAUAAGCCACUCUUAUCUUCACCUUCAAUGCUGGAUCGAUGGAUUCUCAACUUGCACUGAAGGUGAGGGUCCGUAUUUGUUAGUUCUCAGUUCAAAGCUCAUGCUGCAUCCUGUAAGCUGGAAUCAGAUCCUUUUAGCCUAUUUUCUCUCAGUUGCAAGGCAGUGAGUCUUACUAGAUCGUUUCUUCAUUCUAAUUAAUUUGCUUCUGGAUGGUGAAAUAUAUAACAAAACCAAUCAUUUCUAAGGGAAUCAACCUUUGUCACACUGUGGUGAACCAAGUGCCUUCUCCCAAUUCAUAUGUUGAAGUCCUGAUCCCCAAUCAGUGUAAUGUGCUGAUGGGAUGAGUGAUGAUGGGAUCUUUGGUAGGGUUGGAUAGGGUCAUGAUGGUGGCCCGCUGCUCCAAUGGGAUUAGUGCCCUUAGAACAAAAUACACCAGAGUGCUUCCCCUUCUUGCAUCCACAGAGAGCUUUGUGCAAGAUAGAUGGCAGCCACUGACAAGUCAAGAGAAGAGGCCUCAAAAUUAAAUCUACCUUGACUGGUUCCUUGGUCUUACACUUUCCAGUCUCCGGAACUAAGAGAAAUCAGUUUUUGUUGUUUAAACUGUUAAACUGCCUGGUCUAUGGCAUUUUGUCUCAGUAGUCCAAGCAGAGUAAUACACAUUCAUUUGUUAAUCUUUGAUAAGAAACAAUAUGGUGCAGGAUACCAUGCAGAUAAUGAGGUUGGCAAAAGUACUACAGGAAGAGCUUUAUCCAGAAUAUGCUUAUUUUCUAGCAAGGGUACAUAAUUUCUCCUUCCAUGAUAGAAUCUGUCCGAUGGAAUCAACCUGCCACCUGGUAGCCAUGUCAGGGGCUGCUGCUGUUGGCAGGUCAGCCCUUAGCAGAUCAGUCUUGAUGAGGGGAGUUCCUGUUGUUGAGGCUAUGUGUCAGUCUUUGUCCCCACUAACAUGGGCUCACCAGGCAGUCGUUGGGAUGGGUGGGCAAAGAUGCUGACUGGUAGCACAAAAUGCCUCACCUUGUUCUAUUGAUUGUUAAAUGCCUGCUGCAUAGUGGAUGGAUGUCUGUGUUAGUGUGGGGUCAGCAAAGCCAUUGGAAAGUCCUUAAGCCACAGUCAGCUGUCACAGGGGACUCAUACAUCCCAUAAAUAGUCAUACCGUAGUACUCCUGCCACUCUCAGCCAUUUCCUGGGAAUAGCCCCUGAGAAGCAUUAACCAGCAUAAGUAUUAAGCCCGGGUCAUAGUGGUAGGUAACCCUUUCACCUUGAAAGGGAUGGUACAACAUGCUUCGGACUAGUAGCACCUCGGAAACCUCACCAAGAUCAUGAAUCACUGAAUAUUUGUGGUGUUUACCACUCUCUGACUCAAACGCGAAGACAUCUAGAUUACUUGCUACUACUGCCUUCUUAUCAGGUCCAGUCUGCAUAAUGUCAUCAGUGCAGUGGACAAGUGUAACGUCUGUGAAAUGUCAAGAUGAUCAGGAUCUCUGCAGACUAUCUUCUAAAAGACGACAGUGCAUUGAGAAACCUCAUCGAGAGCUUUUCCAUGGGAUUCCCGCGGUCCUUCAGUUUCCAUCUGGUGGGACAUUUUCUGGGUCACUUCCGGUUGAAUGCGGCCACGAUGAUCCCCUGGGUACUCCUGGCAUGUGCCCUCCCCUGUGCUGCCGACCCACUGCUUGCUGCCUUUGCCCGAAGAGACUUCCAGAAGGGCUCCCCUCAACUCGUCUGCAGCCUGCCUGGCCCCCAGGGCCCGCCGGGUCCCCCAGGAGCCCCAGGGCCCUCAGGAAUGGUGGGAAGAAUGGGCUUUCCCGGCAGAGACGGCCAGGACGGCCAGGAUGGGGACCGAGGGGACAGCGGCGAGGAAGGUCCACCUGGCCGGACAGGGAACCGGGGAAAGCAAGGACCAAAGGGCAAAGCCGGGGCCAUCGGGCUGGCUGGCCCUCGUGGUCCCAAGGGGGUCAGUGGUACCCCUGGGAAGCAUGGCACACCAGGCAAGAAAGGGCCCAAGGGCAAGAAGGGGGAGCCAGGCCUGCCGGGCCCCUGCAGCUGUGGCAGUGGCCGGCCCAAGUCAGCUUUCUCCGUGGCGGUGACUAAGAGCUACCCCCGGGAGAGGCUGCCCAUCAAGUUUGACAAGAUUCUGAUGAACGAGGGUGGCCACUACAACUCGUCCAGUGGCAAGUUCAUCUGUGGUGUGCCCGGGAUCUACUACUUCACCUACGACAUCACACUGGCCAACAAGCACCUGGCCAUCGGCCUCGUGCAUAACGGCCAGUACCGCAUCCGAACCUUCGACGCCAACACCGGCAACCACGACGUGGCCUCGGGCUCCACCGUCCUGGCUCUCAAGCAGGGUGACGAGGUCUGGCUACAGAUCUUUUACUCAGAGCAGAAUGGGCUCUUCUACGACCCUUACUGGACCGACAGCCUCUUCACGGGCUUCCUCAUCUAUGCUGACCAGGACAACCCCAACGAGCUGUAGACUGGCCAGCAGAUGACCUCCAGGCAGGGACCAGGCUUCCAGACUCAUGCUAACAGAGCAAGACCCCGGAACUGUCAUGUCACAGGGGUGGGGAGUCUUGGAAGCUUCUAUCCUCAGGCGGACCUCCUUUGCUGCUUUUAAAUUUUUCCCAUCAUUAAACCCAAGUGUUUUUGUUCAUC